CAACAGUUGGCGCCGCUGAUUCUAGCGAUCAAAGUGAUAAAUUCAACCGCCCGCCAAUCACAACAACAACAACAACCAAUCAGAAAAAAGCCCAAGCUCAGCAAGCUGGGCACUAAAAGCGUCGGCCUCAAACGCGUUUCGUUUGGCUCGUCAAAAGGCUCAAUGGUUGAGACGCUGGUCUUUGAGACGCCGACGCCGCUGUCCGAGCACGUGGAGCCGAGCUUUGGUUUCGAUGCUGCCGACGCUGCUGGUCAGCCGCAGCAGCAACAGACGCUAAGCUCCGCAGCAGCAGCAGCAGCGGCGGCAGCGGGGACAACAACAACAGCAGCAGCAGCGACCGCGACGCUUAAUAGCAACAACAGUUAUGGUGACUAUGCGAAACUCAAUAUGGACGACAGCGGCAUCGAAGUGCAGGAAGAAUCGGAACGUUCGAUAGUUCGCGUUUCAAUUUACCAAAGCAGUCAACCGCAACAGAUUUGUCCACCAAGCAACGAUUAUUCGUUGACGAGUUUUGCGGAUAAUUUAGAUAAUACGUUUAGUAGCUACAAUUGUAACUUAGACUAUACAACAAUGGCGACGGCGACGAUGCAGCCGACUGGAGGCCUAGGACCAGCCUACGACAGACAGCAGAGCACUGAUUCCGGCUGGGAUAAUCCUUUUCGUCCAGGCGGCGAUCUAUCCAGAGAGGCUGAUGAAAUUGUUAGCAUGAUACGUGGUGGCAAACCCAUCACGCCCACAGAGGAUCGUACAAUAGGCAAUGGCAACGCACAGCAUGGCGAUGAUAACUGCAACGGCGCAACAACUGCAAUAGGCGAGAGUGUAACCAAAACAAAUCUCUCGCAAAAUCAAGCGACAGCACAAAAUGGUACAAAUUCCCACGGCAGCAAGGUGGAAGGAUCAACAGGAGGCGGCGGCGGCGGGGGUGGAGCAGGUGGCAAAUCAACGGCGGUGGCUGGCAAUGGAAAGGGAGGCGGAGGUGGAGGAGAGAGCAAUAAUGGCGUCACUUCGCUGGCUCAAGUCUCAAAGCAAGUGGUACCUGGACCAACUUCGGCUAGUCACGUGGUUAUCGACGAGAAGAAGAACAAGAAAAAGGGCUGCUGUGUGGUGCAAUAAUCAAGAAGAAGAACAACAAGAACAACAACGAGACACGAAGCAGAGAGGCAACACAACAGCGAAACAAACAAAAACAGAGGCAAAACAUACAGAACGACAACAAGAACAAGAAAUAGAGAAAGGGAUGGCAACAAGUGCAAGCAAGGAUCACUUGUUGGAGAGGGAGGAGCAGGAGGGAGGGAGGGAGGCGUAUCAUAUUUAAUGUUAAUGUUAAAUGCUAAAAACUGAAACUGACGAAGCUGUUGAUAUUUGAAUGCUGCUGCAUUAUUCGCUUGCUUACACACACACACACACACAUACAAUCAUGAAAAUAGCUAAAUGAGAAAAUGAAACGCAAGCUCUCUGAACAGAACCAACAAACAAAACCCACAUACAAAACAUACAUACAUAGAAAUGAAACAGCAACAGAAGCAAAAGCAAAAGCAAUAGCAGAGUCAGUAACAGCAACGCUUAACAGUGAAGCUGUUAAGUGCUGUAACAGCUGCUGCUGGAGUAACAGCAGUAACAGCGACGCUUGACAGCGGCUCUGUUAAUGACUGUAACAGCGACUCUGUUAAAUGCUUUUAACAGCUGCUGCUGCUGUUGUCGCUGACUCAGCCGCUGCCGCUGCUUCGGCUGCUGUUGCUGCUUUCGCUAUUGCCGACUCACUCUAAACUCAAUGCGCGCUAUUGCUGUCGCUGUCGAACCCACGUUGCAGUCGCAGCCUAAAUUUAAUGAAAUUGUAACUAUGAUAUAUAUGCACAAUAUAUACACACAUUUCGUAUAUAUUGUGUGUGUCUAUAUAUUUGUUAGUCUGGAUAUAUAUAUAUAUGUAAGUGCAAAGCCGAUGCUAACAGUUGAGACAUCAUAACGAACAUGAGAGAUCAGCUGUUGAAUUAUUAUGAUGCUGAUUAUAUAGCGUAUAUAUAUGAAUCGAUAUAUAUAUAUGUAUAUGCGUAUAUAAAUAUUUUUUUCCUUUUUUUUUUUUGUAAUGUGACUCGACUUUAUAUACAUACAUACAUAUAUAUGAUAUAUAUUUUUUUCGUAUUUGUAAAAUUAGUGCAGCUUUUUAAAGAACAUUUAAAAAGUCGAUAAACAUAAAAAAAAAAACAAACAAAAAAUGAGAAAACGAUGAACAGAAAAAAAUAAGAAAAAAAAACAAAAGUUUUGCCUGCAUGCAUAAAUGAGAACAAGAAAAGAAAAAAAAGAGAAAGAAAAAAACAAAAAAUGUAUUUAUUUUUUAUUUAUAUGACGAUGAAAGUAAAGAAAUUAAAUUAAAUGUUAAACCUUAAACAAAAUAUACAAAAACUAGACACACACACACACACACACACGAAUACAUACAUAUAUAAACACACACACACACACACAUAUACAUAGCUAAAAUGCAGUUUUGCAUUUGUAUUAAAACGAAACCUUAAACAGCAAAAAGCUCUAUUUCUAUAACUUUCUGUCUGUCUUCAUUCUCGAUAUAUCGAUAUCGAUUACCCCAGUUGAAAUUGUCACGCAUGAAAAACGCACAGAAAUCCACACACACACACAUACACAAACAAACUUUGCGUUCCCAAUUCAUGUUUUCUCAGGCUUCCCUUUUUUUGUUUCGUUUUUUUUUCCUGCUUGUGGAAAAGUCAACCUACUUUUCGUAUGGAUUUUCAGCAGCAUCAUUUGAAUUGUGCUUGCGAUUUAAUUAGAUCUGUGUGUGUGUGUAUGUAUGUCACAUCAACCCACCCACCCACACACACAUACACACACAUUCACAAUGACCAACACACACACACAUAGAAUGUCGCGCUUAAAAAAAAAAACUUACAGAAAGCUAAACCAAAUAGAUAAAGAAGAACCGAUUCAAUACACCGAUACAAACCCACACACACACACACACAUACACACCAACACACACUCAGCCUAAGCAUUAAAGUGCUGCAUUUGAUAAAUGUAAUAAUAAUUAUUAAAGAACAAGAAAAGAAAAACAAAAGAUAUAUAUGUAAUAGCAAUCCCCGAAAAAUAUGUGCUAAUUAAAUUUCGAAUACAAAUCAAGAGAAGAACAAGAAAUCAAAAAAAAAAAAAAAACGUGAAACCAGAAGCAAAAAAACAAGAAAAGAAAAGCAAAUCAACAACAAAAAAAAAACAUGAAAUCAGUGAACUAAACAACAAAAUAAAUGCAACAAGAAAUCAAUAUUUAAUAUUGUAUAUUUCCAGA